AGGUUGUGCUUUGUCGAUUUAGCGGGCUCCGAACGACAGGCAAAGACUCAAGCCCUAGGGAUGCAUAUCGGCGAAGCAGGAAAAAUUAAUAAUUCGUUGAUGACUCUGGGGAAAUGUAUUGAAGCUAUGCGAUAUAACCAAUAUCAUCGGAAUCACCCUCGCAUUGUGCCUUUCCGUGAAAGCCAAUUAACAAGAUGGUUGCAGAAUCAUUUUGCCGGUCGUGGUUUGAUUUCAAUGAUUGUUAACAUUAGUCCAUGCACUCAAGUAUAUGAUGAGACAUUACAUGUAUUAAAGUUCUCUGCAAUCGCUAAGCAGGUAUCUUAA